ACAAUCUUUUAAUCUUAACAGGAUGACAGCAGUAAAUACUAUUUAAACAGUGAGAUAGUGGGAAUAGAAAUGGGGGCAAAAAUACAAAACCUUUCACAACCCAUCGAGAUUCAGUACAGUAAUGUGGACAAGAAAGGAGCGAAUGCUUCUUGCAUGUCUUGGGAUGGAAACAGCACAGAUGCAAACGGGAAAUCACUCUGGAUCACAGAUGGCUGUCAAACAGUGGAGACCAAUAACAGCAUCACCUGCCAGUGCACACAUCUAACCUUUUUUGCCAUACUCAUGUCACCUACACCUGCAAACAUUAGCACUUCUGAUGUUAAUACUCUGACCUACAUCACUUCAAUCGGUUGUGGACUGUCGCUGUUUUUCUUGAUCGUCGGUCUCUUCAUGCACGUUCUCGUCAGAAAGGGGAAAGCAAGCGAAGCAACAAAGAUUCUGAUGAACCUCUUUGUCGCCAUGUUGAUCCUGAACUUGUCCUUCUUGACCAAUGAGAGCAUUUCAAACCUGGGUAUCAAAGGUGCAUGUGUGGCAAUAGCAGCAGUUCUGCACUACGGGAUGUUGGCCACUUUUACCUGGUUCUUCAUGCAGGCUUUACACUUGUACCUCAGUCUACGUCGAAUCUGCACUGAAGUGAAACAUUACAUGCUGAAGAUUUGCAUCACAGGAUGGGUCAUACCGGCUGUGGUGGUGAUCGCUCUUCUUGCCUCCCAGAAAUAUAAUUCUAUUAAUAUUAAUACAAAUGAGGGGAAAGCAGCAACAAUGUGCUGGAUCUCUGAUGCUGGUAUCCACCAGGGGGUCAACAUUGGUUAUUAUGCUGUAGUGUUCGUCUUCACUCUGAGUGUAUUCAUUCUAACUGUAAGGCAAAUCGUUCUAAUGCCAAAAGCAGGAAAGGCCCAAGACAAUAGUUCCAUUAAGAGCAAUACUUCCACCAUUCUGAGCCUGUUCCUCCUUCUUGGCAUCACCUGGGCUUUUGCUUUCUUCAGCUACGGACCUUUGCUCAUCGCUUCCUACUACAUCUUUACCAUCCUCAACUCCUUUCAAGGUUUCUUCCUGUUCAUCUACUAUUAUAAAUCCAGCAAGAUUAUUGGAGACGGCAAAAUCCACACACAAAGUAGCAGCACAGCUACAUCAAACACAGCUGUAACGUCUCCUUAUGCAUAAGGCUUGCUGUUUUACCAUAUUUUGACACAAGAGGGCAGCAUUUUAUUUCAUAUAGUUCCAGCAGGUUGCUCUGUGUAGAAACAACUUGGUCAUUCUUCCCAUGUGCUCUCCGCUGAAUGGCUUUUCUGACAUGAAAGCACUAACCCAGAUUACCUUCUUUGACGCAAAUACUCAUGUGGACUAGAGCUCGAGUCAGUACUCUGGAAGUCAUUUCAGAGCACGACUCUAUGUUUGUUCCCAUGCUUUUAUAUUUUAACAGACAAACUUGUCUUACUCACGCCAAAUAAUUCAUAGAAGGCUGUGAUUCAGUCAGAAUACGCAACCACAAUUGUAAACAUGUCAGGAUGUUAAGGUGUAAAAUGUUAAAGUGGGAAAGUGAAACAUGUCAAAGACAUAAGGACAUUUUCAAUUUGAUGGCAGUAACACCUCUCAAAAAGUUGGGACAGGGA